AUGAGUCAGGCGAAGAAAAAGCAAGCUCCAAAAAAUAAUCAGGCUUACACAUUAUGUUCCACGCCAAAUUGUGUAGAUACAGCGUCCAAGAUCGCAGCCAGACUCGAUCGUACAGUUGACCCUUGCGAUAAUUUCUAUCAAUUUGCUUGCGGUGGAUGGGCAAAAAAUAAUCCGGCGAAUAUUUCGUAUCCAAGAAUUAGCACGCUGUCGAUGAUUAAUGAGGAAACAUCGCAGCAAUUAAGAGAAAUCUUAGAAGAUGGUCCUAGAUCGGAUGACACACUUUCUCUGAAAAAGGCAAGGAAGGUAUACAGAAUGUGCAUGGAUACCCAGACACUUAAAAAAAUUGGGAUCAACAGUCUUAGUGGAAUUGUGCGAGAGAACGGUGGAUGGCCGAUUGUUAUGUCCCCUUUCGAAUGGGUAUCAAGAGGACCUAAAACUUGGCAACAAGUUAGCAACAUUUUGCAGGGAAAUUUGUUCGACAACGGCCUGUACGGUAUAACAGUGAUGGUAGAUGACAAAAAGUCUGACAACAAUGUUAUUACCAUCUUGGAACCUGUCUUCUUCGCACCGCGCGACAUCGUGAUCAGUCUGGAGAAAGAUCUCGCGGAGAAGAUGACGUACACGUCCUACAUCAAAACAGUUGCUAACAUCUUUAUAAACGAUAGAGGUUCCUACGUCGACGACGCGACAGUAUCUCAGGAUGCGCUUGACAUCGCGAAUUUCGAGAUUGAACUGGCUAAGCUGACAUUAGAUCUCGAAGACAGUAGAGAUAUCGAUGAAGUUUACAAUGCAUUAACAAUUGGAGAAUUGCAACAAAUCUAUGACAAGCAACAUCCUAUAAAGGGCAAGGUUGAUAAACUGGUUGGAACGUAUUCAAAGAUUGUUUGGAAAAAAAUUACAUCAUCCGAGAAAGUUGUCGUUCACGCGUACAAAUACCUUACUAAUUUAGUACCACUAUUAGAGCGAACGCCCAGUCGUACUAUCAUUAACUACAUGCAAUGGAAUCUGAUUAGAGCUCUGUUACCUUACACCGAACGUACAGAAGCAAUUGCUAUCCAACUUGCUAAACAUUUCAAGGGAGAGCGGAAGGACAAUAUAAGGUGGAAGAAUUGCGUGUCCAAAGUUAAUUUGGACUCUGCCAUCUCGCACGAGUACGCCAAGAGAUACGUAAAACACGAAAAUAAAGAAGACCUCAUCGACAUAAUCACGAACAUCGAGGAUGUCGUUCGUUCGCAAAUCUCUGCGUCUACUUGGAUGGACGACGCUACGAAAAAGGCAUCUCUCGAAAAAUUGACUUACAUGAGAAUGCAAGUUCUCACACCCGAUUGGUACAGUAAUAAAGCUAUUGACAAAUAUUACAAAGGCUUAUCUGUCACAAGGGACUAUCUCGAAAGUGUAAUAAAUAUAAUGAAUUACGAAACCAAAAGAAUAUUGGGCAAGCUGAGAAAACCCGUCGACAAAACAGAAUGGCUUAUGGAACCAACAAUAGUGAACGCUUAUUACAAUCCAUCCGGCAAUGAAAUCGUUAUUACUGCUGCUAUAUCGCAAGAUCCUGUAUAUGACAGAAAUCAUCCUGCGUAUAUGAACUAUGGAGCAGUAGGAGUUGUCGUUGGACAUGAAAUUAAUCAUGGCUUUGAUAAUCUUGGUCGUAAAUAUGAUAAAAACGGCAAUGCCAUACAAUGGUGGACACAGGAAACUAUCGAUAAAUAUGAACAAUUGGCGCAAUGUUUUGUUGACCAGUACAACGGUUACCUAGUACCAAGCUUGGAAAAAGAAAAAGUUUAUGUGAAUGGACGAUUGACGUUAGGAGAAAACAUCGGCGAUUCAGCUGGCGUUACAGCAGCGUAUUACGCAUACAGGAAUAAAAAAACGAAGCUGAACAAGUCUGAGGUACGAUUGGCAGGACUCGAGGAGUUCAGCGACGAUCAGAUCUUCUUCAUGAGUUUUGCGCAUGCAUUCUGCGAAAAUGUUACGCCGCAACAAUUACAAGUGCUGUUGCUCGACGAGCAUCCUAGAGGGGAGACAAGAAUACGAGGCAGUCUUUCGAAUUUCCCCGAAUUUUCUGCAGCUUACAAUUGCCCAGCUGGAAAGGGAAUGAAUCCGGACAAGAAAUGUUCUCUUUGGUGAAUGGGAUAACGAAUGAAAUCAAUCCAAAAGGCAUGUUAUUAAUUCGAUGCUCGAAUGUAUUACUCGGAAGUCUCGAAGUUUAUUGUUAUAAGCGCGUGAUGCGCGUUUUAAUGUGCAAAAUGUGAAUAAUUGUACAAUACUAAAAUAUGAUUUUUUCAUUGCGACUAAUGCAAUUGUCAAAAUAUAUUAUAUAUAUAAAUAUAGCAUAUAAAAAUGACAUAUAUACAAUAUAUUAACAUAUGUUGUUGGUGAGUCCGAAUUCAAGAACUCUCUUUAUGCGCACAAACAUUUGGAA